AUGGAGGAGGUGCUGCGGGAGUCGAAGCCAUCAUUGCUCAUGAUACGCUACGAUUACUGCCCGGAGGUCUGGCUGCAGCGACUGCUUGUGGAGCCUCAACUGGCGCCAGUGGUACUGCAAUCGCUUAGCAGUACCACGCCUCCAAGCAAUGAUUUCUCGCGUCUGCUGCAUUUGAUCUGUUUGCCCAGCGUUGACUAUCCGGCGGAACAACUGGCCGCGCUGCUGGAAACUGUGCGUGGCGCAAGGAGCAUCUUUUAUAUAUCAGCUACGGCUUCCCAUGCCUCGUCUUACCAUGUGCUACACUCCCUGCUAAGGCAGUGCUAUAAAUUGAAAGUUUUGCCUGUAAUCGCUUUGAUGGCUGUGGAUGCUGGCCAAUUCUAUUAUCGCUAUAGUCCAUAUCCGCGUUUUGAGCUGGAGCAACUUGCGCUAGAUCAGCGUCCCUUCUUUGUGGCACACUUAAGCAACAUGCAGCGUCAGCCGUUGAUCUUAUUGCCCGACCAGAAGCAUCCGCGCACCAUCAUUUACACGGACUGGCGCACUGGGUCACAGGUGCUGGCCGGCUCCGUGGGCCGCUUUAUGCGCACCUUGGCCUGGAAGCUGAAUGCCACCAUACAGUUUCCCAUGCAGAUCAAGCCAGGUGUGGGUCUGCAUUAUAAGGAGCUGCUGACGCUGGUCGAACAGUACCAAGUGGAUGUGCCAGCCACUGUGGUGCAGCUGAUGCGGCCGGAACAGCUCCCGCUUAUUAGCUUCCCCUUUGAGCUGAGUCAUAUAUGCUUGAUGAUACCACGGGCACAGCAGCUGCCCAUCAAGGAGGUCUACCUUAUCCUGGGCAGUGUUUACCACCUGCUCAUUGCCCUGGCUAUGGUCUAUAGCUUUGGGCUGUUGCUUAGUCUGCACAGGUGUCUGACUGGGCAAGCCACAAGCUUGGUGGAUUUUCUCCUCAACGAUGUCGCGCUGCGUGGAGUGCUGGGUCAAUCCUUUGGACAUACUUUGCAUACUAGCAUUUAUGUCAGCUUCAUCUUUCUGAUGCUAGCUGUGCUUGGACUCAAUGUCAGCUCAAUUCAUGAAGCUGCGCUCGGCACACUUCUGACACAUCCACCCAAAUACUUUCAGCCACGCCGCUUUGCGGAUGUGCAACGCGCACAGCUGCCACUGGUCGUGGAUGGCGAGGAUUUGGAAAAUAGUUACGAUCUCAGUGAACUGGAUCUGCGUCUGCUGCUCAUGAAUAGCAGCGACUUCCACAGCCAUAGGGACAAAAUGAACCAGAGCCAUGUCUACUUCGCCUCUCGACUCAAAUGGACGCUGUUGAGCGAACAGCAAAAGUAUUUUCCACGCGAUGUUUUUCUGUACUCCAUGGAUGCCUGUAUUCGAACACUCACGCACAUGGUAUUUCAGCUACCCAAGAGUACCUGGUUCCUGGAGCCUAUUACUAGACUGAUUAUGGAUGCACGGGAUUUUGGACUGUUUCAGCAUUGGGUCGAUAUGCAUUUCUAUGACAUGGCCGCGGCGGGCUUGUUAUCCUUCACGGAUCCGCUCCAGCGUGAGCCCCAACGGCUUGAGGAGGCGCUCCGUUUGGAGGAUCUUCAGUGGAUUUGGAUUGCCUAUGGAGCACUUUUAUUGCUUGCUACAUUAGUCUUAGCGCUGGAAAUCCUUUUAGAGCGGGUGCAGCAACGGCUUGGACGGUCUUAA